AUGGCUACCGAGAUACAGGACCCUAUCGAGCCUAUCACAGUUGAUCAUCAUUCUGCGGAUGAAAAUGAGUUUGAGACAUCUGAUUUUGACUCGGCGACGUUGUCAUCCAGCUCGACAAGUUUGAACACGAGCAUUUAUCAGCAUGCCUUUGAGAAUGGACGACGGUACCAUCAGUAUCGUCAUGGGACAUAUCCAAUCCCAAAUGACGAUGCAGAGCAGAACCGAGACGAUAUGAAGCAUGCCAUGAUGCUGGAACUUACUAAUGGAAACCUUUUCUUCUCGCCGAUCAAGGAUAAUCCUCAAAAGAUCAUCGACCUAGCCACCGGAACUGGUAUCUGGGCUAUUGAUAUCGCCGAUAAAUUCCCAAGUGCUUCAGUCGUGGGGGUUGAUCUUAGCCCAAUUCAACCAUCAUGGGUCCCUCCAAACCUGAAGUUCCUUGUCGACGAUAUCGAAGAUGAGUGGAUGCACGGCGACGACUUUGACUUUGUGCACAUGCGUUGCAUUAGUCCCUGGUUGAAAGACGAGGUCAAAGUUCUCCGUCAAGCUCAUGACCACAUGAAGCCAGGAGCUUGGAUCGAAAUCCAAGAACUCGACGCCCGCGCAAACUGUGACGAUGAUUCCCUUCCUAAAGACGCACCAUUGGUAAAAUUCUUUGACACGGCAGCUACAGCAGUAGCAAGCUUUGGUAUGAAAUUCCGCGCGGGCGAGAAUCUCCGUGAGCCACUUGAAAAGGCCGGCUUUGUCAAUGUGAGCUGCAAGGUUCUCAAAGUUCCAAUUGGAACAUGGGCAAAGGACAAAAAGCUUCGUCUUAUUGGUCUUUACCUAAAGACCGCAGUCAGUGACAUGUUCGGAGCCAUGGCUGCUAAGCCACUACGCAAGGUCAUGGAGCCAGAAGAGAUUGAACUUUUCUUGGUUGAUGCACGAAAGGAUUUGAACAACAUGAACUAUCAUGCCUAUGAGAACUAUUACUUCUGGAUGGGACAGAAGCCUGAAUAA